AUGGCGCCAACGCCGGUGAUUGGCCGAAAAAAACAGCGCUUCAACGUCCAUUGGUACGUCGUGCAGCAACAGCUGCCGCUGGAAGAGGUGCUGCUAUUGGUGCAGAACGAGGUGCAGAGCAAGACGCUGAACGGUGUGACCGUGCGGCAUGCAGUGGACUCGUUCUACUUCUACUGCGCGCAACAGGCGGAGAAGAAUGCGCUCUCGGACGCUUUUCGACGACAAGUGCUGCUCUACUUUGACCAGGAGCUCUUUGACGACGACUCGACGCGACCAUUUGUGCUUGGAAAGUCGCUGAAUGAAGCAGUUUUUGGCUCAGUGAUCAAGCUGCAGCUUGCAGGAGGAGACGUGGAGGCGGCCUGGACACUCGUGAAUCGACUGAUGCGGACACUGAGGAAAGUGGAGGGACACGAAGCUCCGAAACUGCAUUUUCGCACGGUGAGUCCGUUGCUCGAGCACGAGUGCAGCCUUGAUGAAUUUCAAAGCGCGUAUUCGAAAUGGCAGCAGCUAAAGCAACACGGUGUAGAGUGGACGAAUGCGAUGGAGGACGUGCUGGUGCACAUGGUGAUUGCGUGUGUGAAGCAAAAUGAGCGACUGGAAACGCUAGAAGCAGCAAGCUCAAGCAGUGUUCACUUUCAUGACCAGAUGACGUCGUUGCUGCAUGACCUGCAAUUGGCGUGUCGAGAAGUGUCUUUGCCGAAUGCGCAGCAACUGCAACGUACGUUUCGUGCUGCUGGAUUUGUUGUAGAGACCGUGCCGAGUGAUGCAAGGAUGCGAUCAGGGUGUCCGAGCUGUGGACACGUUUUGAGCAAGCAGAGGAUGUCAGAGCUUGAACGUGCGUACAUGUUGUCUGCAAUUGAAUCCAGGCGCAGUAAAGUACCUCCAGGAAAUACGGUGAAGGAGUACCUGGAGCCAUUUCAGAAGUGGUUGAUGCUUCGAUAUGAAAUGUUUCGGCUGAAGAACCUAGCUGAAGACGGUGAAGCAGCCGGUAAGUUCCUGCACUAUGUGCUGGACGGACCCAACAUUGCAUACAUUAACCAGAACUUCAGCGCCGGAACGUAUCGUUUGGACCAGGUCGAUGCUGUCGCGAGAAAACUCCAAGCGCAGGGCCAUCUUGUUAGCAUCACGAUGCCUGCAGCUUACCUCGCUGACAAGUUCGUGGUGCGCAUUCGCACCAAGCACUUCAAGGAAAUGCGGCGUCAGGGUAAGUUUGUCACGCGCGAACGCACCUCUGAAGAGAAGGCGAUUCUCGCACGCUGGCAGGAGGAGGACAUGAUUUACAGUUGCCGCACGGACUUUUUGUCGGACGACCUCUUUUGGCUGUACGCGAGCGUGCUAAUGGGUCGUGAAGGUCGCGUCGUGACGAAUGACCAAGGCCGCGACCAUGUCUUUGCUCUUCUUAACGGCUACACCACUACGCGUGGAAACUGUCGGCAGCCGAAGAAGAGCAAGGCGAGUACUCAUGGAGAUGAUGAUCACUCGGGUAUUGCCAACAUCUCGUUGGACCUGCUGGCUCGUUGGAGGGACCUGACGAUCGUGAACAUUGAGAUCAAACACGAAGAAGUCGAGUACAGUUCGGGAGCUGGCCGCGAUUCGACAGCGCUGGUUCCCAUCGAGUUCAUCCGACUGCUGCAUCCUCAGCCGUUCUCGCGUGUCCCACAAGUGACAGCUCCUCAGCACUUUCACUUUCCAAUCGCGGACCAAGCGACUAGUACGGAGCAUCGACAUCCAGUCCAGAACCAGCGGAAACGCACUCGAUGGCUUUGUGCAUAUCGCGAGGAAGCUAUCAACUAG